AUGGAACCCCCUUUCCCACCGUUUAUGACCUUGAAGCCUAUUGUUGACCCCGCCGCUAGGGACCCUUCAACCAAAUUUCCACUGGAUGGCAUAACCUUCGAUAUUUCUACGAUGCCCCAAGAGACUCUCAUAGCCUAUGGCGAAGCUGCACCGGUACUCCAUUCGUUCGGUGGAGUAGAGAUUGUACGACUCUCCCGCAACCUUGUUCUCAAGUACGGGAGAAGCGUUCAAGCCUCUGAAGGCGAAACUAUGAAAUACGUGGCAACAAAUUUUCCAGGAGUACGGUUACCUAGAGUAUACCAAUGCUUUAACAUUGAUUACCCGUCGUACUUUGGCGUUAAAGGCUACAUAGUCAUGGACUACGUAGAUGGUCGUUGCCUAGACAGCUGCUGGGACCAUUUUAGUCCUGAGCUCCAAAAGAACAUCGCCGCCCAGGUCGCGGUAAUGGUGCAAGAGCUACAAUCCGUACGCUUAAGCAGCCCAGGAGUUAUUAGCGGAGGGAUAUCUCGUGGUACAUGGUUUAGUGAUUACGGCGCAGGACCAUUUACCACCAAAGAAGGUUUCGAGAAGUGGCUUAACUGGAAACUCGGCCUCAGCAAAUUCUUCAAGCAUGCGGCAAUGGAUGUUCCAGAUAUCGACUAUCAGGAUUUUGUCCUCAUUCAUGGAGAUCUAAGUCCUCGGAAUCUUAUCUUAGAUACCGAUAACCAGGUAUGGCUCAUCGACUGGGGCUGCGCUGGCGUUUACCCUGCUAUAUUCGAAGCUGCCUCUGCGAAGUACCAGAUACAUUUCCUAGACUUCGCAAAGCUGCUGCUGCCGCUUAUUUACAACAACGUCGACGAGAUGGUGCAGCUUGAGGCCUGUCAAUAUGGCAUACACCGAGUUUCCCACUCCCUCCCGCCGGAAUGAAGAGCUCCAUAGAAGCUGUCUACUGUCGAGCGACUUUAAGUUGCUCGAGGCGAUGACAUAGCCUCAGCAGCCCGGCCGGCUUCCUGGGGGAGAUGAUGGUCGCUGUUGUCGCAGCUUGUAGGGGCGUGGUUCUGGAAACACGGUGAGCUGGGCUGUUACUCUUUGGUAGCUAUCUAUAAGUGGUGGCGUCUUUUUUGUUCUGCGCUGUGUUCUCCAACUGCGCAUCUCCUGUUUCCACUGUAAGUCAAUUUUAUCCGCGAAUCGGCUUAUCGAAGUGGCCGGCCCUGAGCCCGUCUGUCCAGAAUUUGUCACUUGCGGCGAAAGCAAGAUCGUGCGAGGUGCUACUAAAAGAUUUUAACGCCAGGUAGCCGCUGCAUAUUCUGCUUCUUAGCUCGAUUUUCCCCCGU